ACGCCCCACCAAAUCUCGAACAGAUCGAUGAGGCCAGCCGCUUGGUCAUCGAACAGCGGGCCGAGGCCCUAGGCAUCACACCAGAGGAAUACAGCAUGAGCAUUUGGAAGACGAUCCGUGAGCAGAUGGGUCUUCCCGCCGAGGUGCCAGCACCGGCACCCCAGCCCGCACCUACGUCAGCGCCAACACCUCAGGGUGGACAGUCGCAGGCCAACCCUGACAUCUUCCAGCCGACCAGCACGAGGACCUUCACUCAGACAGAAGAAGUCCAGCGCCGUUCCCCUCUUCUCGACCUUAUCGGCCACACUGAGGGGACAGACCAGCAGGACGCCUACAACGAGACCCUCGGCUAUGGCAUCUUGGUGGAUGGCGUACGCUCUGGGGGCCGAGGAUCGGAUGUUGACCUCACUGGUAUGACCCUCGGGGAGAUCGACCAGCUCCAGACGCGGAUGCUCCGAGACCCUGACAACAAGUGGAACUCGUCGGCGGUCGGUCGGUAUCAGAUCAUCAGGACAACCCUUCGAGGUCUGAAGCGUGAGCUGGGACUUUCGGACGACACUGUGUUCACCCCAGAGCUCCAGGAUCGGCUAGCACUAGUCCUCCUCGACCGGCGUGGGCUUUCCGAUUGGGAGGCGGGGCGCAUCAGCGAUGAGCAGUUCCAAGACAACCUCGCCUACGAGUGGGCCUCCCUCCCCCUCGCCACCGGAAUGGGGGCCUACGAGGGACAGCGAGUCGGGACCGAUACCAACGGCCUGAUGUCAGCCUUCGCGGCCAUGCGUAAUGGGACCGGCAACGCGGCCCUUGAUGCCAUCGACCAGGUGACCUCAGAACCCAACGUGGCCUAUGCCAACAUUGAGGACUGGGAGCGGCCCCGUUUCCUUGAGUGGAACCCCGAUCCGGUCGGCAACCACGAGGCCAACCUUGCGACCAUCAACCCUACGCUGGCCUCGGUGGUCCGCAGAGCUCAGGAGAUCGCCGGGGUGGACUUCGUGGUCGGCUCAGGCAAACGCGACGAAGCCCUCCAACGCAAAGCCAUGCAGUGGGGAUGGUCCAAGACGAUGGACAGCGACCACCUGGAAGGCGGAGCCGUGGACCUCUGGCCGCUCGACCCGAAUGGAGCCGUCAAGUUCGACCGAAACCUUCAGAUGCAGAUCGUGGAGGCCAUGCGGACUGCCGCAGCGGAACUUGGUGUUGAACUCGACAUCGGGGCCGACUGGCAGUCCUUCCAAGACCUCCCACACUUCGCCGUGGAUCAGCGUAUUGCCCAAGAGAAGGGUAUCGCCACGCCUUCCCAACCGGCCACGCCUGAAACCGCACCCGAGGCAGCCCCCCAAGUCCCCGAGAUCGGCACUGGUGGCCUAACCGGGGUUAUCAACUCGGUGGGGUCCGGUAUCGUGGAGGCGGGUUUCCAGACCAAGGACUUCUUCUUCGGGGAGCCUGCCCAGGAGGACAAGUCGUGGCUCCGCCAGCAGCACGAGGCGUUCACCCAGCAGCUCGAUGAGGCCAGUGUGGUCAACUCGGUGGUGGGCGACAUCUCGCAGUUUAGCGCUGGGCUCGUUGGGGCUGGAAAGCUCAUGGCACCCCUCAAAGCUACAGGAGGUGUUGCCCGUGGUGCCUGGGAGGUUGCUCGUGGUGCGGUUGCCGGGUUCCUCGCCCUCGAUCCUCACGAGGAGCGGCUCUCUAACCUGAUCCAGAACUACGAGUUCCUGCGGAACCCCGUCACGGAAUACCUUGCCGCCGAGGAAGGGGACUCAGCCAUUGAGGGCCGCUUUAAGAACGCCCUCGAAGGCAUCGGCAUGGACCUCGCUCUGGUGGGGAUACUUGAGGGCAGCCUCCGAGUCAUCAAGGCAUUGCGUCGGGGUGACGAAGCGGGUGCCCAAGAGGCCAUGCGUGAGGUGGAAGAGCUUCAGGCCCAGCGCGGUGCCGAUGACCAGAGUGCCAUGGAUGCCAUUGAAGGCCGCCAGGUGCCGGACGGCCCUGGAUCAGCUCCGAGGACUGACGUGGAGAUGCCCGAAGGUAUCCCCCAGAUCACAGUCAGGGCUGGCGAUGGGAUGCAGGAUGGGGUGGAUGUCCCCACAGGCACACGGAAUGUAGCUGAGGUCGAAAUCGAGCCAGUACGCUCCGAAGCCCAGGCGGUCCCCCUCCGCCCCCGCGAUCAAGGCUAUGACCCCACGGUCAACGUCUCCGAUAUGGACGUUACGGGGAUCAUCCAAGGCGUUGAGGCUGACACAGCGGCCAUCGAGCGGUUCGGCUCUCGGGAGGCGGCAGAGCGGGCAGGUCAUACCUUCGCCCCCGCCAACCUUCCGUGGCAGAAGAUCAACUCGACGGAAGACGUUGAGGCCCUCAUUGCUCGUACCGCCCAGACGUUGCGGACCCAGAUGGACCUCGCCAAGGGCGGAAGUGUGCUGACGGACGAGCGGGUCGGCAAGAUGCUCCAGAAUAGUGCGGAACUCUUCGGAGCCGACCCCGAAGUCAUCAUGGGGGAGAUCGCUAAGUCGGGCGAACGGGCGACCAAAAUGGUGGCCGACAUGGAGGCCGCAUACAUAAUCUCCCGGAAGCUCUUUGAGGGGUCCUAUGAUCUGGCCAACAAGAUCAGGGCCGGGAACCUCGGUGAGUUCGGGGGGAACCUUCAGGCCGCCCAAGCGGAGCUGACCAAGCGUUUCCAAGCAGCCGCCGAUAUGAUGGCCCAAGGUGCGUCCAUCCGGGCGGCAUCGGGUCGGGCUCUUCGUCGGAACCGUAGGCAGUUCGCCAUCCGGGCCGAGGACGUGGAUAAGUUCAAGGACAUCCCUAAGGACAAGCUGGCGGAGAUACUCGGCUCGACCGGGGGCGACAUCAAGAAGCUCCGCGAGGCGGCCAACCCCGGGUUCUGGCGUCGGGUUCUGGAUGAGGGGACGUUCCUCCUCACCAAUAACCUCCUGUGGAACUGGACGACCCACGCGGUGAACACCUCCACCAACCUCUACAUGCUGGUGGCGCGUCCCGUGGAGAAGAUGAUCGGGUCGAUGAUUCAGGGCUCCCGUGGGUCGGCGGUACGUAAGCAGGCCAUGCAGGAGUUCGCAUACACCAUGUACUCGGUGUCCGAUGCCUGGAAGGGUCUCAGCGAUGCCUUCCUGAAGGCUGACUCCGUGCUGGCUCCGCAUACGGACGAAUAUUUCCAAGGAGGGUCGCGGGUCCAGCAACCUCAGAUCGCCUUCAAGCCCAUCAAGGACACAUGGGACCUCUUCUACAAUGGUCUCGUGGCGGCCAACUACAAGCAGGCUGGACAAGCGGCUGGGAAAGCUGCCGGUGCGGCAUAUCGGACUGGUGUUGGGCUCCCCACCCGAGCGUUGGGCUCCGUGGAUGAGUUCAUCAAGCAGCUUCGCUAUCGGGCCAUCGUACAGGCGAGGGCCUCGGUGGAGGGCUCUGAUGCAGGGCUCAAGGGGAUCGACCUUCAGAAGCACAUCGAGAAGCGUCUUGAAGAAGCCUUCACGCCCGAUGGUCGAGGGAUCGAUGAGGCAGCACUACGCGAAGCUCAGAUCACCACGUUCCAGCAGGAGCUACUUCCGGGGACCCUCGGCAAGGCGGUGCAGAACUUCCGACACAACUGGCCAGCAACGGCCUUCGUGUUGCCCUUCGUGAAGACCCCCAUCAACGUCCUUCGGUAUGCCACCAAGAUGACGCCUGGAUUGAACAUGAUCCAGAAGGAGUACCGUCAGAUGCUCAUGGGUCAGAUGGGGUCCGAACAACAGGCCCACGCCAUUGGGCAGAUGGCCUUAGGGUCCCUCUUCAUGGCGACCGCAGCGAACUUGGCACUGAGUGGCCGCAUCACAGGAUCGGGACCAACGGACUAUGAACUCCAGAAGCAACUCAUGGCGACAGGGUGGCAGCCCUACAGCAUCGUCAUCGACGGACCUGAUGGAGAGAAGACCUACUUCCCAAUCGGACGGUUCGAUCCCGUGGGUAUGCCAUUCGGGAUGGUGGCCGAUCUGGUUGACAUGCUGGUCACCAACCCUGACAACCGGAAGGCCGAAGAGGGCAUCAUGGCGGUCGGCGUGGCGCUGGCCAAUGCGUUCUCCGAGAAGACCUUCCUGAUGAACCUCAACCAGGCAAUCGACGCCCUGAGCAAUCCGGGUGACGGCGGCCAGAACAUCUCGAAGUACCUCGGGAACCUUGGAGGGAAUCUCAUCCCCGGCUCCUCGGCGUGGCGCAACUAUGCCAAUCAGGACCCCUACAUGAGGGACGCCCGCAUGUUCCUCGACAGGACGAUGAGCGGGAUGCCGGGAUACUCGGAGACGAUCCCCCCGCAGCGGGACAGCUUUGGGGACCCCAUCUGGCGCAAGCGGGGCCUGACGACCGGCGAAGACGUGGACAUCGUGGAGUCCGAACACAAUCGGAUCAUCAUGGAGACCGGGAACGGCAUCCGCCCACCCUCCCCGCACAUCGGCGGCAUGGACCUACGCAAGGUUGAACUCUCAGAUGGCCGCAAUGCCUUCGACGUGUAUCAGCAGCUUGUGGCCCAGCCGGGUAAUGGCCUCAGCCUGAAGGAAGCCCUUGCGACGGCCAUCCAGUCGAGUGGCUAUGAGCGUCUGGUUGAUGGUGACCCCAGCCUGAGGGGCACCAAGAUCGGGAUGCUUAUGGACAUCGUUGGGCGGUACCGGACGGCAGGGCGUCAAGCUCUCCUCGCCCAGUACCCCGAGUUGCGCCAGCAGAUGCAGCAGAGCCAGAUCGACCUCAG